GGUGGACUGCUCGGUGCUUCUGCGUUGUCUGGCUGUCCCGGAGCUCGUCGGCGCCGGUGCGGAGCGCGGCCGCGCGGUCUCAGUUCCAGAGGCUCACGGUUCUCCUGAGGGCUGCUAGUGUUGUAAACAUGGCGGCCUCCACCGCGGCCGGGAAGCAGCGGAUUCCCAAAGUGGCCAAGGUGAAAAACAAAGCCCCAGCUGAGGUACAGAUAACUGCUGAACAACUUUUAAGAGAAGCUAAAGAAAGAGAACUUGAGCUUCUUCCACCUCCACCGCAACAGAAGAUCACAGAUGAAGAAGAGCUAAAUGACUACAAGCUAAGGAAAAGGAAGACUUUUGAAGAUAACAUAAGGAAAAACAGGACUGUAAUUAGCAACUGGAUAAAAUACGCACAAUGGGAAGAGAGUUUAAAGGAGAUUCAAAGGGCUCGAUCCAUAUACGAGCGUGCCUUAGAUGUAGACUAUCGAAAUAUUACACUCUGGCUGAAAUAUGCAGAAAUGGAAAUGAAGAAUCGCCAGGUCAACCAUGCCCGAAACAUCUGGGACCGGGCCAUAACUACCCUACCACGAGUCAACCAGUUCUGGUACAAGUACACAUACAUGGAGGAGAUGCUGGGAAACAUUGCUGGUGCCCGUCAAGUGUUUGAGCGCUGGAUGGAAUGGCAGCCUGAGGAGCAAGCCUGGCAUUCCUACAUCAACUUUGAGCUGAGAUACAAAGAGGUGGAUCGGGCCCGCACCAUUUAUGAGCGAUUUGUUCUCGUGCACCCUGAUGUUAAGAACUGGAUCAAGUAUGCCCGCUUUGAAGAAAAACAUGGUUAUUUUGCUCAUGCAAGGAAAGUUUAUGAGAGAGCUGUCGAAUUCUUUGGAGAGGAACAUAUGGAUGAACACCUCUAUGUUGCCUUUGCUAAAUUUGAAGAAAAUCAAAAAGAGUUUGAAAGGGUACGAGUAAUCUACAAAUACGCCCUGGAUAAAAUUUCAAAACAAGAGGCCCAAGAACUCUUUAAAAAUUAUACCAUCUUUGAGAAGAAAUUUGGUGAUAGACGCGGUAUUGAAGACAUCAUUGUGAGCAAAAGGAGAUUCCAGUAUGAAGAAGAAGUAAAGGCUAACCCACACAAUUAUGAUGCAUGGUUUGAUUACUUGCGCUUGGUGGAAAGUGAUGCAGAAGCAGAAACUGUGCGAGAAGUCUAUGAGAGAGCCAUUGCCAACGUCCCACCCAUCCCGGAGAAGAGACACUGGAAGCGCUACAUCUACCUUUGGGUCAACUAUGCACUCUAUGAAGAAUUGGAGGCAAAGGAUCCUGAGAGAACAAGACAGGUGUAUCAAGCAUCUUUGGAAUUGAUUCCUCAUAAAAAGUUCACAUUUGCCAAAAUGUGGUUACUGUAUGCACAAUUUGAAAUAAGACAGAAAAAUUUACCAUUUGCCAGAAGAGCUUUGGGAACUUCCAUAGGCAAAUGUCCAAAGAACAAGUUAUUUAAAGGUUACAUAGAACUAGAACUACAGCUUCGAGAAUUUGACAGAUGCCGGAAGCUUUAUGAGAAGUUCCUGGAAUUUGGGCCUGAAAAUUGUACUUCUUGGAUUAAAUUUGCAGAACUAGAGACUAUACUUGGCGAUAUUGAAAGAGCCAGGGCAAUUUACGAGUUAGCCAUCAGUCAGCCACGCUUAGACAUGCCAGAGGUGCUUUGGAAAUCAUAUAUUGAUUUUGAAAUUGAACAGGAAGAAACUGAAAGAACACGAAAUCUUUACCGGCGAUUGCUUCAGCGAACACAACAUGUUAAGGUAUGGAUCAGUUUUGCUCAGUUUGAAUUGUCUUCAGGGAAAGAAGGAAGUUUGACUAAAUGUAGACAAAUAUACGAAGAGGCUAACAAAACUAUGAGAAACUGUGAAGAAAAGGAAGAGAGGCUUAUGCUGCUGGAAUCUUGGCGAAGCUUUGAAGAUGAAUUUGGAACAGUAUCAGAUAAGGAGAGAGUCGACAAACUCAUGCCAGAGAAAGUCAAGAAGAGGAGAAAGGUUCAGGCUGACGAUGGGUCUGAUGCAGGCUGGGAAGAAUACUAUGAUUACAUCUUUCCAGAAGAUGCUGCCAACCAACCCAACCUCAAACUACUGGCCAUGGCCAAACUUUGGAAGAAACAGCAACAGGAAAAGGAGGCUGCUGAGCAAGACCCAGAUAAGGACAUCGACGAGAGUGAAUCUUGAGCUUGUUCGUAUUGAUAAAUGUUUUUAUUUUUAUAAAUAGUUUGGAACUCUUAUGACUCUUUAAGUUUUUGUAUAUUUCACCACUGAUGAAUCAACUAGAAUUCUGGCAACUACUUUUCAAAUUACUUUUAAAUGCUCUUGGGUAAGUUUGGGGUAGGAAUUGCAAGUAAGGGAGUUUUCUAAACUGCUGGACUUUUUUAAUCUGAGGCCAAACAUUUUUUUGUCCACAACAUACACUAAGAAAUGAAUUAGUGUUACCUAUUUUAGGUGGAACUGCUGACUUUUGAAAGAACCUUUUCUAGAAGUUUUCAAAUUACAGCCUGUAGUAACUUUUAAGCAUAUUUGUCUCAUGCUUUUCUUUGUAUUUUAUGCAUCAGAGGCCUAUUUUUUGUCUUCAGAAUCAGACUUGAGUUCCAUUCCCCUUUCAGCCACUUAGUGAUACAACUUAACCUUUAGUUUGUGUAUUCAGUCAUAUAUUGAGCUAAUACUUUGCCAAUUCAUUUUGGAUUAAAUGAUAAAAGGAAUAUACCUGGCACAUAGUAAUUGCUCAAUAAAAUUUCCCCAGCAACUUUCUUAGUCAUUCAUUGUAGAAUUGUGUGCUUGUAUUAAUUUCUGACAAUCCUUACCUCCUUAAUAGUGGCCAUUUAUUAGUCAUUACUUUUGAAGACAUUACUUAAAAAAAUAAUUGUAUUUCUGAACAAGGUAUUUUUUACCAACGACAUUUCAGUUGAGUUUCAUUUAUGCUAUUAAUCAUUAGUUUCUCAAACUGGUUGAGUUCUGUAUGUCUUAGAGAAUAGUUAAUACUUAUGCUGUGAAAAAUGAUGUCCCGUGCUCAAAUUUGGGAAACCUAGCUUAAAGAUAAAGCCUUCUUAGUCAAGUAUCUUUACAGUUAGGUUUCUCAAAGCAUUUGAUGUGUUACUCUACAAGUGACCAGGAACAAUGCUGGCAUGUUUCCCAAACUUAUGGGAAGGAAUCAUUUCUAUGAAUACCUGUAAGCAUCUCCCAGUGCACUGCACUGCAGUAAAAAGUACUACCCCUAACAACUGACACACUAAAUUUUGCUGCUUUAUUUUUAAAAAGUUAUCGUUGGUUUAGAACAUGUGGGAACACCUAAGGUGUCUGUGCUAAAUAAUCAGAUUUAAAAGUAGCAUAAGAAUGUCGUCUUUGGUGACAUAUUGCUCACAUUCUCAAGCAGAAAAAGUACUUUCCUGACCUAAUUGUGUUAUUUAACUUGGCCUGUAUUUUUCAAGCCUCUCUCUUUUGUUCACAGCAUAAGCUGACUAAAAUGGAAUCAAGAAUCAGGACUUUUUUCACCUGUGAUAACUGGCAAAUUCAGUGUUACCCACCAAACAAUUAAAGGCUAGUUAAUGUUACUAAAUUAUAUCUUGAAAAUGAUCGCAUCGGAGGGCAGAAAGAAUAGUACUAGGAUCAUUGAUAAACCGAUUUUUAGCCUCACUGCUUUAGUCACCAGACAAGUGCUAGCUAUUAGAGGGUCAAGUAGUUUUUGACUGUUUAAUACAAGGUCUUGUCAGCAAAAGGAACACUUGUGAUUUUAAGAUCUUUUUUCUUAGUAUGCAGAGUAAAGGUUGUGAUGAAAAUAGAUCACAAUGCCAAAUUACUACUCUUAAACAGAGGCUUCCUAGAAUUACUUGUCUGUCUCAUAAAUGCACAAGAAAAAAGAAAUUCGUGAUCAUGACCUCACUGUAAGCUCUUACUACCACUUUCUGAAAAAAAAAAAACAACUUUUUGGCAGUGUCAGUACGAAAUGCUUGAGAAAACUUAUUCCCUUGGCUGAACAUAAGGA